AUUGGUGGGGUGGCCCAUUGCCUGAGUACGUCUCCUCUUUCUAACACGAUACUUUCUCCUUCACAGGGUGAACGGGAAGCGAGGAAAGGGGUGGACAUGCGGAAGUUGGUGCUGAAGGAUUUCUUGGCCAGCGAGGAAAUGUACAUCAACCAGCUGGAGGCGCUCUUGCUGCCGAUGAAGCCCCUGAAGGCGACAGCCACCACCUCCCAGCCGGUCCUCACCAUCCAGCAGAUCGAGACCAUUUUCUACAAGAUCCAGGACAUCUACGAAAUCCACAAGGAGUUUUAUGACAGCUUGUGGCCCCAGAUCCAGAACUGGGACAGCGGCGUGGUGGUCGGGCACCUGUUUCAGAAGCUGGUGAGUCCGGUGGGCUCUGCCCAGCCCCUGGGAACAGCACUGCUGUACAAGCCGAUAAACCGCGUGACCCGCAGCACUCUGGUGUUACACGACCUCUUGAAACACACCCCGUCGGACCACCCGGACUACCCGCUGCUCCAGGAUGCGCUCCGCAUCUCCCAGAACUUCCUGUCAAGCAUCAACGAAGAGAUUGACCCCCGCCGGACGGCCGUCACUACGCCCAAAGGGGAGACGCGGCAGCUGGUCAAAGACGGCUUCCUGGUGGAGCUGGCAGAAGGUUCUCGCAAACUCCGCCAUGUCUUCCUCUUCACUGACAUGCUCCUUUGCGCCAAGCUGAAGAAAACCGGAGUGGGGAAACACCAGCAGUAUGAGUGCAAAUGGUACUUACCCCUGGCGGAGCUGGUCUUCCCGUCGCUGGAAGAGUCGGACUCGUGUCCACACGUCCACGCCCUGCCGGACCACGACUUGGAGGACAUGAAAAUGAAAAUCUCCUCCAUGAAGAGCGAGGUGCAGAAAGAGAAGGCCAACAAAGGGCAGAGCCGAGCCAUGGAGCGCCUCAAGAAGAAGAUGUUUGACAAUGAGUUUUGGCUACUCUUGAACUCCCCGUCCAUCCCCUUCCGGAUCCACAGCCGCAAUGGGAAAAGCUACCUGUUUUUAUUGUCCUCUGACUACGAGCGGGCCGAGUGGAGAGAAGCCAUCCAGAAGCUGCAAAAAAGAGACCUCCAGACCUUCGUGCUGAGCUCCGUGGAGCUGCAGGUGCUGACGGGUUCCUGUUUCAAGUUGCGCACCGUCCAUCACAUCCCCGUCACCAGCAAUAAAGACGAUGAUGAAUCGCCGGGGAUGUACGGCUUUUUGCAUGUGGUCGUCCACUCUGCCACGGGCUUCAAACAGUCUGCCAACCUAUACUGCACAUUGGAGGUGGACUCUUUCGGGUACUUUGUCAGCAAAGCCAAGACGCGGGUGUUCCGGGAUACGACCGAACCCCAAUGGAACGAGGAAUUCGAGAUCGAAUUGGAAGGGUCCCAGACGUUGCGCAUCCUCUGUUAUGAGAAGUGCUACGACAAGAGCAAGAUGAACAAGGACAACAACGAAAUUGUAGACAAGAUCGUGGGCAAGGGACAAGUCCAGCUGGACCCCCAGACGGUGCCAACCAAGAACUGGCAAGAGGACGUCAUCGAGAUGAAUGGGAUCAAAGUGGAGUUUUCGAUGAAGUUCACAAGCCGGGACCUGAGCCUGAAGAGGACGCCCUCAAAAAAGCAGACAGGAGUCUUCGGCGUUAAAAUCAGCGUGGUCACCAAGCGCGAACGCUCCAAGGUGCCGUACAUCGUGCGCCAGUGUGUGGAGGAAGUGGAGAAGCGCGGCAUUGAUGAAGUUGGGAUCUACCGGAUCUCUGGGGUGGCCACCGACAUCCAGGCCCUGAAGGCAGCCUUUGACUCCAACAGUAAAGACAUCCUGAUGAUGCUGAGUGACAUGGACAUCAACGCCAUCGCUGGGACCCUGAAGCUGUACUUCCGGGAGCUGCCUGAGCCCCUCCUCACAGAUCGGCUUUAUCCAACCUUCAUGGAAGGCAUCGCUCUCGCUGACCCUUCGGCCAAGGAGAAUUGCAUGAUGCAUCUUCUACGCUCCCUCCCGGACCCCAACCUCAUCACAUUCCUUUUUCUGCUCGAACACUUGAAACGGGUCGCCGAGAAAGAGCCCGUGAACAAAAUGUCCCUGCACAAUCUGGCCACCGUCUUUGGGCCGACGCUGCUGCGGCCUUCCGAGGUGGAGAGCAAAGGGCACCUCAGCUCUGCUUCCGACAUCUGGUCCCACGACGUCAUGGCACAGGUCCAGGUGCUCCUGUACUACCUGCAGCACGCGCCCAUCACUUUCGCCGAGCUCAAGCGCAACGCGCUGUACUUCUCCACGGACGUGUAGCUCUCUCCCUGGCGCUCUGCGGCUGGAACAGCAGGCCGUGUUUCCUGAAUAGAGGCACGCAGUGGUGCAGACUCACACCCGGGACAUUCCGCCUGAGGAGGACACGGUGCUGCGUCUGGACACGGACGGCGGGUGCCUGUGGGACCAUUUUGUACCACCUUCCAUCAGCCCAGCACUCUUUUCUUUCCUCUGCCCAGUCGCCCUCG